UCACGCUCACAGGAGAAGAAGAAGUACAGUUAGCACUCUGGUAACAUUUUUUGGUCCCUGAUUCGAAAACACUUCUCCUGUGCCCGUCAUUUAGGCGUCGGAUAAUGACACAAGCGGAGAGAGAACAUGAGAAUGAAAAAGAAAAAGAUAAAGAGCGCGAAAAGGACAAAGAAAAAGAGCAACGCGGAGUAAAGAGACCAAUUGUUCCUCCUGCCAUCCCAGAGCCUUUGCAGGAGCAAAUUCAAACUAACUUCGUUGUGGUCAUCCACUCUGGAUCGCAGAGUCUCCGCAUUGGCCGAGCUACAGAUACUCUGCCAGUUACUGUUCCGCACGUCAUCGCCCGAAGACACAAACUACCCUCUCAGUCUCGCUAUGAAGACCCUCGACUCAUAAGAGAAGGACUAAACAGACCAGAAAGCGGUGAGCAGCGGCAGAAUGGCCUCAAAAUGGUAGACCAGGCGAUUUGGUCCAAGAAGAUGUCCAAUGGGGCCAGAAGAACUCCAGUCUCUGCUGAACAAGCUCGAGUGUACAACAGGCAGAUCAGACCAGCAGUUCUGGACCCAAACUCACGAUUCAAAUGGACAAAUACCACUCAUCAGCCAGAGUACUUGGUUGGAGACGAGGCUUUACAUGUGAACCCCACAGACUGCUACAGCAUUCACUGGCCUAUCUGCCGGGGUCAGCUGAAUGCCCACAGUGGGCCCGGAGGCUCAUUGAGUGCUGUGCUAGCGGACCUGGAGACUAUCUGGUCUCAUGCCAUUCAGAAGCUUUUAGAGAUUCCUCUGAAAGACCUGAAGUAUUAUAGAUGCAUCCUUUUGGUCCCAGAUAUCUAUAAUAGACAGCAUGUGAAAGAAGUGGUGAACAUGCUCCUUGUCAAGAUGGGUUUCUCAGCGAUUGUGGUACACCAGGAGUCGGUGUGUGCUACGUUUGGUAGUGGGCUGAGUAGCGCGUGUGUGGUAGACGUGGGGGAUCAGAAGACCAGCGUGUGCUGUGUGGAAGAUGGCGUCUCCCACCGCAACUCCAGGUUGUGUCUUGCAUAUGGAGGCUCUGAUGUGACACGCUGUUUUUUUUGGCUGAUGCAACGAGCUGGCUUCCCUUACAGAGAGUGCCAGCUGACUAAUCGGCUGGAUUGCAUGUUACUGCAACAGCUUAAAGAGACCUUUUGUCAUCUUGACCAGGACAUCUGUGGAAUGCAAGACCAUGAGUUUCGCACCCGUUUCCCAGAAUCCCCAGUGCUUCUGUAUCAGUUACGGUUAGGUGAUGAGAAGUUACAGGCUCCCAUGGCUCUGUUCUACCCUGCUGCGUUUGGAAUUGUGGGGCAGAAGAUGACCACUCUGCAGCAUCGCUCCCAAGGAGACCCUGAGGAUCCACAUGAUGAACACUACCUACUGAGCACUCAGAGCAAACAAGACCAGACAUCCAAAGCCAUGGAAAGAAAGGGUCUCCCUAAGCUCCCUGGCUUUGAGGGUGAAUCCAGUAGUCAGGGAGGUGACCAGGCGGAAAGAGGAAGCCAUGGACAAGAAGAGCUUGGACAUUCCCAGGCUGAUUGUCUUGUUGGGGGGACAGAUCCAGAAGAGACCCCGUCCGUCCUCUUGUCCAGAAAGUCAGCAAUGACCCAGUUUGAGGGCAAAGCACUUGGGCUGGAUAAGGCUAUUCUACACAGCAUCGACUGUUGUGCAUCGGAUGAGACUAAGCGGAAGAUGUACAGCUCUAUCCUGGUAGUGGGCGGUGGGCUCCUGUUUCACGGGGCACAGGAAUUCCUUCAGCAUCGCAUUCUCAACAAGAUGCCUCCAUCUUUUCGUCGUCUGGUAGAGAACGUGGAGGUCAUCACACGACCAAAGGACAUGGACCCCCGACUAACAGCGUGGAAAGGUGGAGCAGUGUUGGCAUGUUUGGACACCACUCAGGAGCUGUGGAUCCACCAGAGAGAGUGGAACCGCUUUGGUGCACGCAUGCUCCGAGAAAGAGCAGCCUUCGUCUGGUGAGAUGAAGAGUGUGUGUGCGUGUGUGUGUAACACGUUAUUAUUUCAUCAUGAGUGAUUAAUUGCCUGUAUAGCUUCUGUGUAUAUAUUAUUUCAUUAUGUAAUAUCGAGGUUUGUACAUGUGGUCCCCAUACCAUGUUUUUUUAAGAAAAAAAAAAGAAGAAUUAAAAGACAUUUCAAAGAAAUAAAAAGACAA